UUGAACAGUGCACCACGUUUGUUGUUGCCGCCUUGUAUGUGGCAGUGCGAAGCUGGGGACUUAAUUUAGUUAUUUUGAAGAUAUCUUAUUUGCUGUGAGCUAUUUACGAGGGCAUUUUUCAUCAGGAACCAUUGUUUCUGCGGACUGAUUGCGGUAAGCUGUGAUUAAUUGAUGAAAAUCGCUGUUCCUUCGCGCAGGAAAUGUCGCAGCUGCGUUAUAAUUGAAUGAAGGCUUCUUAAAUUAUUGAAUAUCAAUCAUUUGAUAGUAGACCACCUGUCGGCUGCAGAUACUCAGUGUAAUGGACUCACUCAGCCACCCACCCAAGAGGGGGUCCUCACCGCCGCCAGACCCGGACGCUCCGGCGAUGUCCGACUCGCCGCCGGCUCCGGAGAAGAGGCCGAGGCUGACGGAGGCGGAGCAGCCGGCCGCCGAGGAGCCACGCCACGAGCGACCGGAGUGCCCUGCUGAGGGGCCGCAGGAGGAGCUGGUGGACGUGCUGGUGGAGAUGGGGAACGAAGAGCCGGAGGAAGAGCAGGAGAUGGACGAAAACUUCGAGUUCAGCAUGAUGGUGUUGAACGCCCUGCGGCGGAUGCCGCGGGAGCGGGCCGAGCGGGUCAAACUGGAGAUUCUGCGCCUGCUGGCGAGCGUGCGCCGCGACCAGGAGCGGUGCGAGGGCGCUUGAGUCGCCGAGGACGCGCCGCCGCCGUCACUGAGUCCGUCCAGCAGUCCACCGGUCUCAGCAGAACACAGCUGCUGUGCCAGACAAGGUUACACUGGCAAUGGUCAGCUGUUCGCUGCUUUUCUGACUCGGAAUGACCGCGUUACUUCCAGGUCAGUUCCUUAUGUUCUUCUGUACUUUGAAUCCGAAUGAGUUACAUGUUAACGACCAUCGUGUCCCAUUAGCUGGAAUUCCUAGUAUUCCAAACAACGUUCGACUGCUUAUGUGAUGUGGAUAAGCAAACUUUGUACAUAAUGGAUUGUCAUCUGAAUCUUCAUCAAACCACCUUGUUCGUUCGAGGCGGUUUCAAUCUGACCACGAAACAGCGCUGAUGUGCAUCAACCUUCCCUAUUUGAUGCUCUUAUGUACAUUUGUGCCAUGUGUGUCAUAUCUCAGGGCUGUGACAUUGCGGUAGUGCCAGCGGUAGUUAGAAGCUAGAGGUAUUCAGCUGGGUUUUCGCUUUGCAAACAAGUGGAAUACAUUACUUUGAGUUCCAA